AUGCCCACCAGCUUCUUCUCUUUGCCCAGAGAGCUCAGGGACACCAUCUAUGGCUAUGCCUUCGCCUCUCCCAGAUGCGUCAGACUAGCUUAUCCGUCCAUCGAGAGGUCCUGGACCACUGAGGAGGGCCCAAGAUACCCCGAAAUACCUGAAUCCGCGUAUCCACCUCGACCAUCCGACAGUCCUGCUAAGGAGCUGGAUGAUGAGGACGCUUGGGAGGACUGUGGAAGCGAGACGGAGCAGCAGUCCAAAGCUAAGGGAGACAAGAAGUCAACCUCAAUCGUCGACUUCAACACGGAAGACUUCCUCAAUGAUUACCCUGACUCAGAGGAUGAAAUGUUCGGCGAUGAUGACAGCGAGGAAGACGAUGGUGAUGAGGACGACGACUAUUCAGACUUUGACGACUCUUGUGGCGGACCCACAUCGAGUCGUCGCUCCAGAUACAAGAUCUACGCACCAUCCGGCGCCGACAUGUCACUGCUCCUUGUCAAUCGCCAGAUUCGCCAUGAAGCCCUGCCACUCUUCUACCAGUCCAAGAUCUGGGUCUUCGACUUCACCGCCAUCGGUACAAUGCACUUCCUGAUGGCUCUCCCACGUAAAGCCCGCGAGAACAUCAAGUCCAUCGGCUUGCCCGGCUACAUCUUCAUGGCCGAUGACGGCGAGAGUCGCGAAGGCUGGUCCCGUAGCCUUUCCUCACCACUCUGCCGCGAUGUAGGCGGCAUGAGUCUUGUCACGCCAUUCGGCGCCUUCCUCGCCACAAGCCUCCCCAAACUCGAAGAAGUCUACUUCCACGUUCCAAUGUAUGGCGAAGAAGAUUUCUACUGCCCAUAUGGACCCGCAGAGCUCCACAUGCUCCUGAGGUACGGCCGCAUCAAGCGCUUGCAUCACGUCUUUCUCGGCGAGAAGGUCGCCAAGACGCUGAAGGAGAAAGACAGUGAGACGUGCUUCAGGAACAUGCUUGGGGACCUGCCGGAGCGAGUGGUAGAUCAUCGGUUCCAGCUGUUGCACCCCUACCCACAGAAAAAGGGUCGGAAGCAGACUUUGAAGUGGAUGGAUGCUCAGAGCGAGUAUUGGCAGAAGCACCGCGACUCUUUCGCUGAGGGCUGGGAAUGGGUUGAGAGGGACCUCGAUUUUGGGAGUGAUGGGAACGUACAGGCUGUCAUUACCAUGAAGACCGGGUAG